AUGGAACAUAACCACAUCACUGUGGAAGAUACCUCUACCAGUGGGCUUUCUGUCUCUCCUUGUCAGCCAGAUAGCUCUGAAAUUCCUGUGUCCGAUGAUGACAAAACUGGUGCCGCAUUACUUUUCUCUGGAGUCUUUUUGGGGGUUGUAGGAAUCACCUUUACUGUGAUGGGAUGGGUGAAAUAUGAAGGUGUCGUCCACUUUGUAUGGACUCGAUUGCUUGGACCCACUCUGCUUUCAGUGGGUGUGGCAUUUUUGCUGAUUGCUGUGUGCAAAUUUAAAAUACUCACCUGCAACUCCUGCAACCAGAGUGAAGAAAGGGCACCUGAUGCAGAAAGGACACAUAACGGGCUUUAUGCUGGAAUUAGCCAGCCCAUCGCUUUUCAAGGAGCUGCAGUGGUGCCUCACCUGCCUUCUUCUCCAACCCAGGAAGGAGUUGAAGCCAAUUUGCACCAAGCGUUGAACCGUUCGGAAUUUCCCCUUGGCUCCACAUCAAUAAUUCCUGUUCUUAUUCCUCCUCAUUCUGAUAAUGUCAGCCCCAUGGAUAGCUCAGCUUUUUCUGUAGAGAACUACUCUGCUUAUCUUACAGUGGACACCACAAGCGAAAGGUCAACUAACAGUCUUGAAGAACCUGAAGAGAUACUGGAUGAAGAUCUUUGCAGUGACUCUUUACCUCCUCCUUAUGAGAAGCUAUUCCCACCUUUGCCAUAA